UAGUACACUGUAGUUUGAAGUCGCGGCUUCGUCAACCAUUCGCGUGUUGUGAGUAUGGUGUGUUUUUGUCCGUAGCACUUGCAAGCAGAGAAUGUGACAUGGCACAGGCACCUUCCCUCUUUCCUGCGUAUGCGGCUACGAAGGCAGCAACUUCGGAGAGUGACGCCCGGCCGACGUUGUUCCCAAGUUUCAGUUCGUCAGCACAGGGCACAUCGGACAAGUCAGCAGCUUCAGAGAGUGGACUUCCAGAUUGGCUCUGCAAUGUCAGCUAUGAUCCUGCCCUUCAAGACCUUCUCAAGACACACGAGCAUCAGCAGGAUGAGAAAGAAGAUUCGUCACAAAGCGAAGAAUCGGGCGUAGAUUCGCCACCAGACAACUCAUCCAAUGGGGAGAGCUUGCUAAAUGAGGAAAGACGAGCCAAGCUUCGGUGCCACAAAGUGCGCAGAAGAAAGACAGUUGAGGCAACUGAGCAGCCUAUUCCUGAAGGAAAGAGGCGCUUCCGGUUUCUGUUGGGCAUUGCCGGGGAAGAGCGCUUCUGUGUGGACCCCAAGCCCCAUCGCAGCCUUCUGGCCUUUGACUGCCUGCCCUUCAACGAGCUGGCGGUGUUUCCUCGGGGCUGGCGAUGUGACACCACACCGUUGGAGGCACGGGGUCGUCAAAAGAAGUUGCACCGUUACUGGCACCCCAAGGCCUUCCCGUCUUCCUGCGUGGCCAACAUUGCCCAGCCACGGCUGUCCUUCGUCCACAGCGAACGCAACUUAGUCUAUGUGCCUGUGUGUGACUCUCGAGCCCCGCCUCAGACAGCAGAUGCCAGCAUUGACCCACUGCGCAUCCACGAUGUCUCAACUCGUAACUAUCUGCAAGCGCUUGGGACACAGGGAGGCAAGGAGCAGCAGUCUACAUCAGAGUCCCUUCUGUGUCCGGAAGCGGCAGACAAGCACCACAUGCUCACCAGUCGACUACGUGAGGCACCGGAAGACGAUCGUGCCUGGCUCGACCUGGUGGCCUUCCAGGACGAGUACGUGGCGGCCAUGGAGGAGGCCUCCGGAGUGUGCCGCACUCUCGGCCGAGCCAAGGCAAUUCGUGAGAAGAAGCUGCAGGUUCUGGAGCAGGGCCUUCUCAAGACAAAGGGAUCAGUGCCCCUACACCUGCACAAGAUACAGGUGCUGUUGGAGUGUGGUGAGGAGAAUCGUGCAGUGAAGGCCUGGGAGGAGCUGCUGCGGGUGCACCCAGGAAACUCCCGACUCUGGCUGGAGCACGCCCGUUUUCUUCAGUCUGAGACCACGCUGUCGGGCUUCGAGGUGGCUGCGGCCAGCAAAGGCUACCUGCGGGCCCUGGCUUGCUUCCGAGAUAUGCUCGAGGGGCGGCGGGCCACCCGCAGGGAGCCCCUCGAGGUCGAGAAGAACAUUGUAGAAGUGGCCCGCCAGUACGGAGUGUUUCUCUGCCAGGCUGGCCUGUGGGAGCGGGCAGUGGCCACUUUCCAGGCACUGGCCGAGCUGAGCCUGCGCUGUCCCUCGCAGCUGAGAGAGGCCCCCCUCAACGAGGCUCUGGCCCUGCUCGAGCCGUUCUGGGACAGCGGUGCUGCUCGCUUUGGUGACCGAGGUGCCCUGGGCUGGGACCACCUCAUGCGGCUGGGUGGACAAGCUGCUCUGGAGGCAGCCACAGCACACCACGGCAUGCAAGGUGAGGAGUGCCAGCAGCUAGAAGACGACAUUGUAAGCCGGCAGCCAGGCUUGGCUGAUGCGUGGCUGCGGCUGGAGAGCCUUCGUGACCUGCAUCAGUGGCAACCGUACCGACCCGAGCUCUCCUCAGAGGAAGUAACAUCAGAAGACCCCGAACGCAUGGUGCUCUUCGAAGACGUGGCACCCGCUUUGUUCCGGCUGCGGCAUCCGGCUGCGAUGCUGCAGCUGUUCCAGGCCUGGUUCUCACUCCUGCUGGGGAUGGACCUGCAUAAGAGCCAGACUGGCUUCAGCCUUGCGGAAGCCGACUGCUUUGAGAGGCUGCCAGGCAUUAACCUGAGGAUGGCAACACACUUCAGUGAAGCACUGAGUUUCCCAUCGGGCUGGGAAGUACGGCAAGGCGUAACUGACUUUGUCCAUGAAGUUCUGAGCCAAGCCAAGCCACACUUUGUGGAUCCCACCCUUCGUGACGAGCUAGCACGGUUGGCACUCCGAUUGGCACGGUUGGCCACAACGUGGGAUUCCCACAAGCGGAAGAAGUGUGCCAAAACCUGGCUGGCUGACCACGAACGGAAUCUCGACCUGUGGACCGAGUACGGCCUCUUGCUCGUCGACCUGGGCCGGCCACAGGAGGCACUGGCCAUCUACGAGAAGGCACUGGAUACGGUUUCACUACCUGGGGCGUUGGCCAGUUGCCGCGGUGACGUAUGGCUCCUGUUGGCCACAUACCUCAAUCUACGCAUGGGAGUCCUCUGGCCCGAGGAAGAGGCGGUGAUUGUGGAUCAGAAGCCAUUCGGUCGUGACCAGGCACUGUUGGCUCUCUCUUGGUUCAACUCUGGCCGCAAAUUUCGGGAAGUGCUUUCCAGUCGGCUGCAGCCGUCGGCACUUCUCAGGGCAGGUGCUGCCAUCGAUAACCGCUGCAGUGAUCCUGCUGGCCGGACUGCUGGUGCUGUAGAUGUGGCCCUGUGGAUGCAGCUUUUCUCUUUGGGUUUCAGUGCUGCGUCAGCACUUGUGAGCAAAUGGCUUGACGCUUGCGCAAAGGAUGAUGGGGCAAAGACCACACGGAUGGCAGUGCACGCUGCCUUUGUACGAAUUUGCAGCUAUGAGGUGCGACACUGCAAUGCCCAGAGGGCUACUCUGUCCAGGGCCCUAUUGCGGGCCCUCGAAGAUGCUCCCGAUGCCACCACCAUCAUGUGGCAGUGGGUGUCAUUGUCGAAUGGAUCCCUGGGAGCUUUGCGUGUGCGCAGGUACCUGGACACCCUGGUGCAGAAAGAUGGCUCACCCCUGGCUUGGCUGGUAGCUCUCUGCUUUGAGCUGCAGAGGGCCCAGCUGUUGGCCAAGUACCGCACACCCGAUGCUAGCUUCACCUUGCCUAGCUGCCACAACCACAUGCGGCGAGUUCUGGAGCGGGCCAUUGAACUGGUUGCCCACAAACGAUGCCCUCUUCUCUGGAGGCUCUACAUUGAGCUAGAGCUAAGGCUUGGAGCCAGAGAGUCGGCAAAGGCAAUCUUUUACAGAGCACUUCAGUGCUGUCCGUGGACCAAGGUGCUGUACGUGGACGGUGUGCGCCACUUCCCCGAGUGCCUGCAAGAGGUGGUCGACAUGAUGGUAGAGAAAGGAAUCCGGCUUCGUGCGCCCCUCGAAGAACUGCAGCUGCUCCUUGACCAUGCUGGACAGCCGUCCACAGUCUAGUCUGACAAUUCUGUACAGAGUAAAGUACGUUUUUUU